AGUGCGCGUGCGCCUCAUAGUGAAUACCAGGGCCUGGUGAAGCACACAGGAGGCUGCCACUGUGGAGCAGUUCGUUUUGAAGUUUGGGCCUCAGCAGAUUUACACAUCUUUGACUGCAACUGCAGCAUUUGCAAGAAGAAGCAGAAUAAACACUUCAUUGUUCCAGCUUCUCGAUUCAAGCUCCUGAAGGGAGCCGAGAGCAUAACCACUUAUACAUUCAAUACGCACAAAGCCCAGCAUACCUUCUGUAAGAGAUGUGGUGUUCAGAGUUUCUAUACCCCCCGCUCCAACCCUGGAGGCUUUGGAAUUGCCCCACACUGUUUGGAUGAAGGCACCGUGCGGAGUGUGGUCACUGAGGAAUUCAAUGGUAGCCAUUGGGAGCAGGCCAUGAAGGAGCACAAGACCAUCAAGAACAUGUCUAAAGACUACGAAUCGCCUUUGGCUGACAGCCGUGUUCACACUGAGCUUGGGAGGAGCUGGACAAGUACAGGAACUGAGUUUUCAGGAUACAGCAAGAAGCCCCUCACCAGAUGCCAAGCAGAUGUUGGCACCAUGCUCUUGGAUUUCCCAGCCUCCAGAAUUGUGAGCUACAUAAAUCUCUUUAUUUUUUUAUACUUACUGGGUUUGUGGUAUUCAGUUAUAGCAGCAGAAAAUGAACCAAGACACCCUGCUUUAGAAUCAUUGUAAAAAUCUCAUCCAUGGAGUGUUUUAUUUAUUUUUCAUUUA